AUGGAGAAGAUUGAAGAGGGCGUUUGCACCUACCAAAAUUCUGAUGAAGAUGUAGUGAUGAUUUCGGCACCUGCCGAUACAUCGGACAACCAGCCAUCUGGUGAUGAAAUGUUAUCUCCAGGUCUCACAAAUAAUCUGCCAUCUGGUGAUGAAGUGUUAUCUCCAGGUCUCACAAAUACCCACGAUCUGAUGACCGUUCCAGUGUUAUCAACCGAGCAAUCGAUAUCGACUUCGACUAGUGUGGAAGAAGCUGUCUUGCCUAUAUCCCCAAGUACGGCUGAAGACGAAGUAAUGAUUUCACCGCCCGCUGAUACAUCCAACAAAUAUCCAUCAAUUAUAGUUCAACUGAAUGACAAGUCUGGUGAUAAAGUGUCAUUUCCAAUUGUCACAGAUACCCACGAUCGGAAUACUGUUCCAGUGUUAUCAACCGAGUAAUUGAUAUCCACUUCGACUGGUGUGGAGGAAGCUGUCGUGUCUAUAUCCCCAAGUACCGUUGAAGACGAAGUAAUGAUUUCACCGCCCACUGAUACAUCCGACAAAUAUCCAUCAACUAUAGUUCAACUGAAUGACAAGCCUCAUGGUAAUAAAGUGUUAUCUCCAAUUGUUAAAGAUACUCAAGAUCAAGUAGCUGUUUCAGUGUUAUCAACUGAGCAAUCAGUACCCAACAAUACAAGUUCUCGAAAUGACGGAUCUAACAAUUUUUUGUUAUAGAAGGUCCUCCAACUCAAAAUAUUAGUCGGGGGACCGAAUGUGAUAAUAUUAAAACAAUUGAACAGCUUGUAUCAAUUUUAAGACGUGAAGAGAAAAAGAGUCUUGUAAAUUGUACCGCACAAAAAGUGUCAGGGAAUACAAUAACUGUUAGUAAAUUUGAAGGACUAAACUUAAAUCAAUAUUCACUAGCUAAAGCAGAGAACUGUCGUCAGUACCAUGCUGUCUGCAAAAGUGGUUGCAAGAAAAUGGUAGAUGCUGCAAACUAUUUACUUCAAAAGAACUGGAUACCUUUGCCUAAGCUAUGGAGAACAUGUUUCUCAUUAAAACGAUAUGAUUGUGAUAAGGCUCAAAGAAGGCUGCUUCAAAUGCCAGUGGCAUGUAUUCGAUUAAAAAAUGGCGUAGUUGUGAUCGAGAAGAACAGUGAUAACUGCUAUCACGGUGUAAUUUCUGAAAUAAAUCAAAUCUACGAUAUGUUACCUCUGACUGACAAUGUUAAAAAGGAAGAUCCUAUAAGGAAAGAUGAGUGCCAGGACUUGCUUAAAUCAGCAACAUCAACAUCUGAAGUUCAAAAAAUAAAGCAUGUCAUUGCAAGUACGCACAACAUGUCUCAACGCGAAGCACAGCGCCUAGGAAUACGACGUCUAAAGCAAAGAGCAGCCCAAGUCGAAGAUGCUACAGAGACAGUCAAAAAUAUUAAAAGUAAGCACAACUACUUCGCAAAACUUGAGCAAAAAGCGUUCCUGCAUACACAUGGUCUUGAUUUCGAGCUCUACUUGUCAAGCGAUUCAUCAGACAGUUCAGAAUGGGAAUCUGAAGACGAAGAGGUUGUUGAAAUUAAAGAAAAACCUUCGUCGCAUACUCUCUCAGCAUCACUGGACAUUGAAGAAAGAUUGGAAAAGUUGUAG